UUCCCGAAGGCGCUGCGAAAGUAUAAAUAUGAGCUCUGUGAGGAUGGCGAUUAGAAUUGUAAACAAACAAAGCGAUCUUUGGAAGUGCUGUAUUCUUCGCCGAUUUUGCAUUAACUACGAAUUUUUUGUGAAGUGUUCUGAUAGCAUUUCUCUCUGACCUUAUUGCAGUGGUUAGUUACUGCUGUUGAUUUAACAUCAGAGAUGCCGAGUGGAAAAGCGCCAGCUAUUGGUAUCGACCUAGGCACGACAUACUCCUGCGUCGGCGUCUUCCAGCAUGGAAAUGUGGAAAUCAUAGCCAACGACCAGGGCAAUCGCACAACACCUAGUUAUGUUGCCUUUACGGAGACCGAGAGGCUCAUCGGCGAUCCUGCAAAAUCUCAGGUUGCUCUGAAUCCCGAAAAUACCAUUUUCGAUGCAAAGAGGUUGAUCGGCCGAAAGUGUGAUGAUCCAAAAAUUCAGCAAGAUUUGAAAAACUGGCCGUUCAAGGUAGCAAACGAAGGCGGUAAACCAAAGAUCUGUGUCGAGUUCAAAGGUGAGCGCAAGCGUUUUAAUCCUGAAGAAAUAAGUGCUAUGGUGCUGACUAAAAUGAAAGAGACUGCCGAGAUGUACUUAGGGCAGAAAGUUACUGAUGCUGUAAUCACAGUUCCUGCAUACUUCAAUGAUUCGCAGAGACAAGCAACAAAGGAUGCAGGGAAAAUAGCUGGACUGAAUGUGCUGAGAAUCAUCAAUGAACCAACUGCAGCUGCUCUGGCAUAUGGUCUGGACAAGAAUCUGAGAGGUGAAAAGAAUGUCUUAAUCUUUGACUUAGGAGGUGGCACAUUUGAUGUGUCUAUCCUGACAAUCGAUGAAGGUUCCUUGUUCGAGGUGAGAUCUACAGCUGGUGACACUCACCUGGGGGGAGAGGACUUUGAUAAUAGGAUGGUGGCACAUUUUGUAGAAGAGUUUAAGCGCAAGCAUCGUAAAGAUCUGCGUUCCAGUCCAAGAGCUCUUCGGAGGCUGCGAACCGCUUGUGAAAGAGCCAAGAGGACUCUGUCCAGCAGCACUGAAGCUAGCAUCGAGAUAGAUGCACUAUUCGAAGGGAUAGACUUUUAUUCGAAAAUAACCAGAGCGAGAUUUGAAGAGCUGUGCAUGGAUCUCUUCCGAUCAACCCUCGAGCCAGUGGAGCGUGCCUUGAAAGAUGCAAAGUUAGACAAGAGCAGCAUCCACGACGUUGUCUUGGUCGGUGGUUCAACACGCAUUCCCAAGAUACAGAAAAUGCUGAGAGACUUUUUCCACGGUAAAGAACUUUGCAUGUCGAUCAAUCCUGACGAAGCAGUAGCCUAUGGGGCAGCCGUCCAAGCUGCCGUUCUGACAGGAAGCACAGACGAAAAGAUCAGAGAUGUCCUGUUGGUAGACGUGGCUCCUUUGUCACUGGGUAUCGAAACAGCAGGUGGUGUCAUGACCAAGAUCAUCGAGAGAAAUUCUCGCAUUCCCUGCAAGACAUCGCAAGUUUUCACAACUUAUUCCGACAAUCAGCCAGGUGUUGACAUUCAGGUUUAUGAAGGAGAAAGAGCGAUGACAAAAGACAAUCACUUGCUAGGGAGGUUCCAGCUGUCCGGAAUACCCCCUGCUCCGAGGGGCGUACCCCAGAUUGAAGUAACCUUUGACUUAGAUGCAAAUGGCAUCUUACAAGUCUCUGCAAUGGAGAAGAGCUCUGGAAAAUCACAGAGUAUCCGCAUCACCAAUGACAAGGGCCGUCUGUCGAAAGAAGAAAUUGAGAGAUGCUGGAAUGGAAGAGGCGAAGCAGCAUAUGAAAAAGAAGAUGCAGAGCAGAAAGAGAGAGUAGCUUCACGCAAUGCCCUUGAAAGCUACGUGUACAGCGUAAAGCAAGCAGCCGACACUGCAUCGGACGACAAGCUAUCUUCAUCAGAUAAAGCCAAAGUUAAGCAGACCUGUGAUUCUGUAAUUCAGUGGUUAGACAAUAAUACACUUGCAGAGAAGGAUGAAAUAGAACAUAAAAUGAAAGAAGUGCAAUCUGAACUGUCUCCUCUCAUGAGUAAAUUACAUCAAGGAAGCAAUUUUAAUUCUAGUCAAGAACCUAGGGCCAGUGCUGGCACUGGACCUACCAUUGAAGAAGUUGAUUAACAUGCUGAACUUAGAACAUUCCAAUUUCAUGUCACUGUAAAUAUAUCAUGUAUCACCAGUGAAGUUAACUUGCAUCAUUAAAUUAUUUAAAAUAUUUGUAUUUAAGUAUAGGGGAAAGAAAUAAAGUAAGUUAAUUUUUUA